CAUUUCCUCACAGCGGCGAAGACGCAAGCAGCGGCGGGAGGAGUUCGCAUAGUCGCGGAUGUGAUCAGGUUGUUUCAACUUCGAGCGAAGUGACAACAACAGCGGAAAACCACGGAAAAGUCCAGCGAGAGGCCGAGUUUCGCUUUUUAUCGAUGCUGGGAGGUUGUUGAGCGCUUAGUUGUGUCCUCAGAGUGCCUCAGUCUUGCCUCCGGCUGACCAAUGCUUCUUCAUCAGUUCAUGAACGGAGCCCUGGAAGUCAUGCAUCCCUCACCGCUGCAGAAAGACACCACUUUUACCAAAAUCUUCGUCGGCGGGCUGCCCUACCACACGAACGACGCCUCGCUGAGAAAAUACUUCGAGGCCUUUGGGGACAUUGACGAGGCUGUGGUGAUAACAGACAGACAGACCGGCAAAUCCAGAGGAUACGGCUUUGUGACGAUGACGGACCGAGGAGCUGCUGAGAGAGCCUGCAAGGACCCCAACCCCAUCAUCGACGGCAGGAAGGCCAACGUCAACCUGGCCUACCUGGGCGCUAAGCCUCGCAGCAUACAGACAGGCAUAUCCAUCGGAGUGCAGCCCAUUCACCCAGCGCUCCUCCAGAGGCAGUAUGGGUUGGCCCAGCCAUACGUCUACCCACAAGCAUAUGUGCAGCCCAGCCUGGUGCUGCCCACUCAGGUUUCCACUUCUGUCAGCAGCAGCCCGUACCUGGACUACAGCGCGGCCUACAGCCAGUACGCCCAGGCUGCCUUCGAGCAGCAGUACCCGUACGCCGCCUCCCCAGCCGGCUUCCUGAGCUACAGCUACGCCACCAGCCCCACGGCCUCUGCUGGCCCGGCCGCCGCCGCCACGGCCCCGGCCACCGUGCACCCCACCCUGCCCUCUGCCGCCGGCCCCGCCCCAGCCUUCCUGCACUACGCCCCCCAGCAGCACAUCCAACCGGACCGCAUGCAGUGAGCAGAGAGGAGGGAGCGUCUUUGGGGGGUGGGGGGGAGGAGGUGGGGGAAGUGGGGGAGUCGUGGUCGCAGACCUUUGGACAGAGGAUAGUGAAACACCCCACAGGGUGACCAUGCUGCUGUCAGCAGCGGCUUUCAGGAAAAAAGGUGGGACCAUUGCACUAUACGAUCAGGAUGAGCUGCUUGCUCAUUGGUUAAAGGGUGAAUGAUGGGAGGACUGUUGGGGUUCAGGUUGGGAAGCCAAACAGCAUAAAGUAUGUGGUAGCUUCCAAGGGCUUCCAGAAGCUGACACUUCAUUUUUUAUUAUUAUUUUUAUUGUCCUUUAUUAUUGUAUUAAUGUUGUCAAUGUUUGUUUGUAUGCCAUUAUUAUCAAUGUUAGCAUGUUUUAGGCUCAAUCAGUGGAAGUACUAUUUGUCCGUGGUACAUAUUGAUGUUUUGAGAGCUGUCUGAGACAUGUGACACCUCUUUCCCCCCUGAUUCCAGAGUAUCUGGGGUGGAAAUGAAGGGCACCGCUGCUUUAGGAUGCUGGGGGACAGUCAUAGAUGGGGGGUGCAGGGUGACGACAGGGUGGUAAUUGGGGAGGCUUACAGCUGACUUCCCAGCAUAUCUGUGUUCCCAUCCUGGUGCUAUCCACAGCAAGGUGGAGCACUGCCCCAUGAACAAACCUCCAGCGUUCAGCUCCACACAGGAGGACGACGAGAGAUUUCACCUCAAGGACAAAACCAAAAGAUUUCAGGUUGAGACUGUGGGAGUUCUGUUGUUUUGAGAUGGUCAUGUCAGGACUACACUUUUUUUUAUCAUUUUGAUUCAAGAGGCCUUAAUAAAAAAGAAAUUCCUUUUUUGAAUCUCCUGAUUUUUUUUUCAAGUGCUCCCCAAACCACAGAAAGCCCUUUGUAACUGACUGUUUUCAAUAGUCACAAUAAUCUGACUUACUGGGGUCUUGAUAAUUUCAGAUGGAUGUAGAUAAUCACAAGCAGUGUGUGGGCAAAUGGGGAGCAGGAGCUUUGUAUAUGUUGAAAGGUAGCUGACACUGAGCUCAAAUACCAGUGUUUGUUUUUUUUUCCUUUUCUUUUUUUCCUUGUCACUGAGAUUGUCAAACUGUUGCUCUCAAAAGGACAUUCAUGUACAGCAUUUUAAAAAUGUUUCUGGUCAUCAAGUACAUUUACAAUAUUUAUAUGUAGGUAUUUAUAAAAGGUACUAAGUUAAAACAGCUUUUUUUUUUGUUACUAUGAUUAUAGUUGUGGCACUGAUGUCCCUUAACGUGCGGAGGAAUAGCUGCAGAUCCACGGAAUCAUUUUGUUUGUUGUCCCGUCACCACGUCUGUGGAUUUGCCAGCCUGUUCGUAGAUUCCCGUUUGUAGAUCCUUGACUGGUUUCAUUGGAAAUUCUCUAGAUUUUGUUUUCCAAUAAGAAUGUCUUUUACAGUCCCUUCCAAGAAGCCAUACCAAAAAAAAAAAUAAAUAAAGAAUUUGUACUUAAA